AUGUCACUACCUGCUCGCAGAAAAUCUAAGUGCGUGUCACGGACCGCGUCCGGGUUUGUCACCAAGAAACGCGCCGUCCACAGUGGAUCUCCAUCUGGGUUCUUGUUCACGAAUAAUUUUUUUCUUCUGCCAUUUCCUGACUUCGACAAUAAUCUUAGCGACAUCAUCAGCAUAAGUUCUACAGCAGCCUCCAACAUAUCUAACUCCCAAAUUCAACCACUCAUCAAUAAAAGUUUCCAGCGGAGGUUCAUUCCCAGUUUUCUUCCAGCCUUCAGAAACAGUAGGCGUGACAGCAGUUGGAGCAAGACAGUUGACUCCGACAGCAACCAGCUGUCCCUUAACUGCAUUAUUGAAGCAAGAACAAGCGACACUUCUGAAGUCGCUGCCAUCAACAAUGGACCUCCCAUCAUUCUUACACGAAAAGGACAACCAGGCCUUGAUGUCCGGGAACUCCUUGAUGAGUUCCACCAGCGCUUCGGCUUCUAUUUGGCAAGGAAUAGUCUCCAGAGCGAUGAAGUCAACUCCGGCGUCAAUGAGGGUCUGGAUACGAGGUCUGUGCCAUUUUUUUAAAAAUUCUUUUGAUAUAUUAGAAGCAUAUUCACCUGUAUACUCCGACCCGUCAUGCAAGGAAGCUCCAUAAGGGCC